CUUAGUCAAUACUGACCCAGAGGGGCACCGGAUAUUGCGCAGGUUUUUGGGGAGUCAAGUGACAACUGCUUGUGAUGAUGGGACAUAAAAAUGAUACAGUGUUCAUUCUUACCAUCCAUCUACAGUCUGGGUUUUCCUGAUGAGACGUUGACAUCAACACAGACACCCCGCUGGGUAUAUGCCCAGCUUGCUGAGUCGAGAGAGCAUUUUCAUGUUUUUCCAUCCACUGGACAUUUGGCGAGGUUGAGGACAAUUUAGGCUAUUGGACAACAGCAAACAUGAAACGUGGAAUUUACAAGACAAACAUCUGUCGCAGUAUCUGCUUGGAUUUGAAUGGACUUAUGAAGUAGCCUAAAGAACGGCUAUCUAAAAAAGAACAAAUAGCGUGCAUUUGAUAGCCUACUUCUGGAUUGGAAACAUGAACGAUACACGUAAUUCAUCUACAAAUACGUUGCCUGACAAGACAGCUGAAGCGAUGGCUGUACCCGUAUUAAUGUUUGCAGUUGGUGUCAUUGGAAAUAUAAUAGCAAUAGCCGCUCUUUCUGGAUCUAAGCAGGAGCGCAAAUCCUCCGCGUUCUUCGCCCUAGUUUGUGGUUUGGCUGUGACGGAUCUGCUUGGGACUUGUUUGGCCAGCCCAAUCACUAUAGCAACUUACCUCAAUGAAAAUGUGUUAUAUGAUAAUACUAACCUUUGUGAAUUCCAUUCAUUUUUGUUGCUGUUCUUCGGAGUGGCUGGGCUAAGUAUUAUAUGCGCAAUGUCUGCUGAGCGCUACCUCGCGAUAUGCUGCCCUUACACUUACCAAAGAUGGGGAAUUGACCAACAUUUUGCACGCAAGUGCUUGUUUUGCAUUUAUCUCAGCAACAUUGCAUUUUGUUGUCUCCCAGUGAUGGGUAUGGCUGGAAGCAUUUGUCAGCCCACCAAAACGUGGUGCUUCAUCAACUGGAGGGCUGAUAAGACACUGCCUGCAACAUAUUCGUUUUUAUAUGCCAGUGUGAGUUUUUUACUGAUAUUGAUGACGAUAGUACUCAACUUUGCAGUUUGUGGCAAUCUGUUGAUAAUGCGUCGCAGGAAAAUCCAAAGUCCAGUUACAAGAGGGAGCGCACGGGCGCGCUGGAAAGCGCUUUCCUCCGGCGUGGAAGCGCAAAUGAUGACGGUGCUCAUGGUGACCUCCGUGGUUGUUUUAGGUUGCUCAGCGCCGCUGGUGGUACGCGUAUUUUCUAACCAGAUAACAUGGACCGAGAAUUCCCAUGCAGAUUUGAUGGCUAUUCGGAUCGCCUCGGUCAACGCCAUCCUUGACCCUUGGAUCUACAUCCUCCUGAGAAGGACUUUGUUCCGUAAGAUUCAGAGAUUCUCUAAAGUGUUUUACAUUGGUCGCAAAGGCAAAGCACCCAUGUUACCAGUAAAAGCAUCACAAAGGACAUUCCACUACCAAGGAGACAUUGCAAACACCCAUGUAUUCACACCUCUGUGAAGCGCCUUGCAUAAAAAACAUAAUUCACCUGCCCGCCACAGUUGCCUAGUGCGCUCACGUCACCCAGGGGGGACAAAGCUUGCCAUUUCUCCCCACAAGUUGUCCGAUAUCCAGUCUCACAAUGUGUUCUGUCGAUAUAAUUGAUGAUGGGUGGCAAUUCACCUGUUUUAAAUAUAUAACUUUCAAAAACAGUAGAUUAAUUAAACAAAUUAACCAUGUAACAGUUCAAUUAUAGAUAGUACUAUGGGCUCAAGCAUUUGGCUCAAUCACAGCUAUGUAUACGUUUUACACAAACAAUAAAUAUGACAUUGUGAAGUUAAAGAGAUCCUUUUGUAUAAACACCAGGUGUGUUUAGUGCUGCUAACCAAUUCAGACUUUUUAAGUUCAUUGGUAAUAUCAAUGAGCAAAGAGUGGGUCUACGGAAUGAUUAGGUUUUGAGUCUGUUUAGUGUUGUCCUGAGAUGACCCCUUGUUUUUCCCCAUUGUGGCCACAGAGAGGUUGUUCAUUACUUGGUUAAAGGUCCAAUGCAGCCGUUUGUUAUCACAAUACCAAAUAAUUUCUGGAUAACAAUUAAGUACCUUACUGUGAUUGUUUUGAAUUAAAAUGGUCAACAAUUAACAAAAAUAACUUCUUAGCAAAGAGCAAUUCUUCAAGCAAAAAUUAUGCUAGGACUCUCUGGGAUUGGUCUGAGCGGGGAGGCUCAAACGGAAAACUAGCUAUUGGCAGAAAGGUUUCGAACUCUCUUCCUUAUUGGUCUAUUUGGUGAUGUCACCAGGCAGACCAGAAUUGCAUCCCACCCAAACAGGCAGAAAUUUCAGGCAGCCUUUUCAAACAGCUCUUACACAAAGGGCAUUAAACAUAAUUUUCACAAUUUUACAGUAUUAUUCCAACCUUAUAGUGUGGAAAUAUAUAUAAAACACAAAAAAAAUCAAGUUUUUGUUUGCACUGAGCCUCUAACCAAGACCCUUGUUGAUAGAGUCACUGGGUCAUCACCCUUAGUGGUGUUGGCAGAAAGCGGAUGUUGCAAGAUCAGGGAUACUUCUCUUUCCCCUGAAAAAACGGAAGUGGGGACUUCACUUAAAUAUGGUUUUUACCAGAGGUGGCGCCUCCCCUUCACAACAAAUCACGCCAAUGCUUUUCUUUUCUUGAAACUUGCACAAAGUAGAGCAGAGCUCAACUUUUUCUACCGCUCUGCUAGCAGGGUUCUUGCUGCUCACCUUCCCACAAUCUCCCUCACAUUUCUCUGUGUUCCCUCAUUGAAAAUGAAAAGGGGGAAAAACUUCUCCUGCCGAAUUCGCUGUUGGUGAAAACCCACUGUCAGGCAUCAUUCUAUCCCUGUUAUGUUAGGUUACUGUGCCAUAGACCCAUGAGGGGCUAAUGGAUCAAGCUCAAAGGCAGUUAAUGCACAAGAUGUAGUUUAAUCUCCCGGAUCUACUCUGUACCCUGAAGGGGCAACAAACGCAAACUAACAGACAUUUCACAUCAGACACGUUGGUGUCUCUUCUGCAGAGUUGUAAACAACCUCAGAGGAGCAGGAUGUGUCCAAGUGUUUUUCUCAAAACUUUGGACUGAAUUCUAAACACUGUCCAGCAACUAUACUUGCGACUGCAGUUACUCUCAAAAAACAGGCGUUGAACUUUGUCAUGGAGGUCAUGGGAGAGAGACUCCCCAGGGAGAUGAUUAGUUUCCCUAGGUUGUGUUCCUAUUUUCUACCCUUCACCCAGAAGUGUUCACUUCCACUCAUGCAUUUAAAAGUAUUGGAUUGGUGAAAGCGGCUGGAGGGACUUUCCACCUGUUCCUUUUAAAGGAAUGUACUGGCACAAAUCAACGUUUAUUGGUCAUGUACAUACACAGUUUAGCAGAUGUUAUAGCAGUUGCAGUGAAAUGCUUAUGUUGCUAGCUCCUAACAUGUAGUGAAAUGUCAAACAAGUAUCCAAAUAAUUAAAAUAUUCGUAUAAAAGAACAGCAAAAAAAAAAAGUUGGUAAGAAUCCAAUUAAUAACCCAAAUAGCACUGUAACAGUAAUCAAAAUGCAAUCUAUACGUAUGUACCAUAGACAUUAAAAUCAGGUUUGUACACCAGCAGAAUUUACACAAUAUAUACUAAGAAUGAUAUGUACAGCAGUAUAUAUAUAUUAGAGUGAGCUAUGUCAAGAAUCCAGUAUAUAAAUAAAUAUGCUGUGUGUAUAAACAGUGUAACCAAAUACAAAGUACAGUAGUAGAAGUAUUAGAAUGAGCUAUGCCGGGGAUAUACAGUAUUUAAAUACUCAGUGUGAAACAGGUAGUGUCCAAUGUUUCAAUGUCUCUAUGGCAUGGGACAGCAGCGUUAGCUGUGUGCGUGUGUGUGCUUGUGAGUAUGAGGUGUGUGUGUGAUAGCUUGUGUGAGUGAGCAUUACCUGGUUGACGGUUAGUGAUGGCUGUUCAACAAUCCGAUGGCCUGGUAAUAGAAGCAGUUUUUUGUCUCUCGGUCUUGGCACUGUACUGAUUCCUGUACUGAUUCCGUCUGCUAGACGGUUGCCGAGUAAACAGUCCAUGGCUCAGGUGACUGAGGUCCUUAAUGAUCUUCUUGGCCUUCCUUUGACUCCGAGUGCUGUAAAUGUCCUGGAGUGCAGGCGGUGUACCACCGGUGAUGCGUUGGGCUGACUGCAACACCCUCUGGAGAGCUAUGUGGUUGAGGGCGGUGCAGUUGCCAGACCAGGCAGUGAUGUAGCCCAACAGAAUGUUCUCAGUGGUGCAUCUGUAGAAGUUCCUUCCAUAAUCUCAUCAUCCGCCUGAGGUUGUAGAGGCGCGCUGUUGCGCCUUCUUCACCACGGUGUUGGUGUGGUGAGACCAUUUCAGGUCGGCUACCCUCACCACCAGUGGUCGGCCAGUCAGUCACACAGGGAGGAGAUUAGACCUAAGGCACUGAGCUUAGUGACGAGCUUGGUGUUAAAAGCUGAGUUCUAGUUGAUGAACAGCAUUCUCACAUAGGUAUUCCUCUUGUCCAGGCGGGACAGCGGGAUGUGCAGUGCAACAGCGACUGCGUCGUUUGUGGAUCUAUAUGCAUAUUGUAAUGGUUCAAGGGUGUCGGGUAUGGUGAAGGGGAUAUGGUCCUUGACUAGCCUCUCGAAGCACUUCAUGAUGACAGAUAGUAAUUUAGUUCAGUGUGCUUCGGUACAGGAACAAUGGUGGCCAUCUAGAAGCAAGUUGGAUGACAGAUUGGGAUAUUGAGAGGUUGAAAAUGUUCGUAAACACUCCAGCCAGCUGGUCUGCGCAUGCUCAGAGAACGCGGCUUGGGAUGCUAUCUGGGCUGGUAGCCUUGCGAGGGUUAACAUGUUUGAAGGUCCUACUCACGUUGACUACAGAGAUUGGGAGCCCAGUCUUCGUGAGCAGCGGGGGACCAUGUCAUCGACUCUUGUGUUGUUUUCCUCAAAGCAGCUGAAAAGUGUGUAUACUUUGUGAGAAGGUUAGAGUGGAACAGCCCAUACGAAAAAGUAAUAUAUGACAAUACUUAUCUAAUCAAGAUAUUUGUUUAUUUUUCACUUUUUUUUAUCAUUAUUUUUUUUACAAAUGUUGUAGAUCGUUGACAAAAAAAUGACAAUUAAAUCCAUUUUAAUCCCACAAAAGU